AUGAAGAACAAACUAUAUAGUACCUCUUCUCAGGCCAAUGAUGAAUAUGACUUUGAUAGAACACCAUCGAAGAAACGCAAGAAGAGAAGUGCAGAUCAUGAGCUCACAUCACAUGCUAGGCAAAAUAUGGGAAAUCGCAUCAUUACGCAGCAAGAUCAAUGCGUAUACUGUUUUGAGAACACUAAUAGACCUAAACAUCUUGUUAUAGCUAUAGCAAAUUUGACAUACUUGAUGCUACCUCGAUUCGAGCCCGUUGUCCCUAGCCAUUGUUGCAUCCUUACAUUGCAGCAUGAAUCAGCAACAAGAAUGGUAGAUGAUUAUGUUUGGGAAGAAAUCCGGAACUUCAAGAAGUGUCUUAUUAUGAUGUUUGCAAAGCAAGAAAAAGAAGUAAUCUUUUUAGAAACAGUGCUUUGUUUGGCACAGCAACGUCGUCAUUGCACAAUCGAGUGCAUUCCUUUACCCAAAUACCUUGCUAAAGAAGCACCACUUUAUUUUAAGAAGGCAAUUGAUGAGGCAGAAGAUGAGUGGAGUCAGCACAAUGCAAAGAAAUUGAUUGUUACUACUACUACUAGUAGUCACAAGGGAUUGCGCUCUUCAAUUCCCAAGAAUUUUCCCUACUUUCAUGUAGAAUUUGGGGUUGAUAGGGGAUUUGUACAUGUAAUUGAUGAUGAAACACAGUUUAAGAGUAGCUUUGGUGUCAAUGUUAUUAGGGGAAUGUUACAAUCUCAAGACGAAAAUAUGUACCGUCGCCCAAGGUAUGAGUCCAUUGAGACCCAGAAAGAAGCUGUUUCUGAAUUUGCAAAGGAAUGGGCAUCCUUUGAUUGGACUAAACAACUUGAAUAG